GUUUGGUCUGGAGCAGCUGAAACCGGUUUGAGCGGAGGCGCUUCCGACGCUCGGCGCUGCCGCGGGCCGCCGGGAGGCGCGCUGCUGAGGCGCGCGGGUGUCAGGUCCUCGGCCCGGCCUCGCUCCCGGGCGCGGAGGCGCGGAGGCGCUGGCCACCGACGGCAGCAAGAAUCCUAAAAUCCAUCAGAAUGACGCCUUCUCAGGUUACCUUUGAAAUACGAGGCUCUCUCUUACCAGGAGAAGUUUUUGCAAUAUGUGGAAGCUGUAAUGCAUUGGGAAACUGGAAUCCUCAAAAUGCUGUGGCUCUUCUGGACAGUGAGACAGGUGACAGCACAUUAUGGAAAGCAACCAUUGUACUUACUAGAGGAGUAUCCAUUCAGUAUCGCUACUUCAAAGGGUACUUCUUAGAACCAAAGACUAUCGGUGGUCCAUGUCAAGUCAUAGUUCACAAGUGGGAGACUCAUCUACAACCACGAUCAAUAACCCCUUUAGAAAAUGAAAUUAUUAUUGACGAUGGACAAUUUGGAAUCCACAAUGGUGUUGAAACUCUGGAUUGUGGGUGGCUGACCUGUCAGACAGAAAUAAGAUUACGUUUGCACUAUUCUGAAAAACCUCCAGUCUCGAUAACCAAGAAAAAAUUUAAAAAAUCUAGGUUUAGGGUAAAGCUUACACUAGAGGGUCCAGAGGAAGAUGAUGAUGAUAGGGUGUCUCCCACUGUUCUUCAUAAAAUGUCCAACACCUUGGAGAUAGCCUUGAUAAGUGACAAUGAGUUCAAGUGCAGGCACUCACAGCCGGAGUGUGGGUAUGGCUUACAGCCUGAUCGAUGGACUGAGUACAGCAUACAGACGAUGGAGCCAGAUAACCUGGAGCUAAUAUUUGAUUUUUUUGAGGAGGAUCUCAGUGAACACGUAGUUCAAGGUGAUGCCUUCCCAGGACAUGUAGGCACAGCAUGCCUCUUGUCAUCCACCAUUGCUGAGAGUGGGCGGAGUGCUGGGGUCCUUACACUUCCCAUCAUGAGCAGGAAUUCAAGGAAAACCAUAGGCAAAGUGCGAGUUGACUUUAUCAUCAUUAAACCAUUACCAGGAUACAAUUGUGACAUGAAAUCUUCGUUUUCCAAAUAUUGGAAGCCAAGAAUACCACUGGAUGUUGGACAUCGAGGAGCAGGGAACUCGACAACAACUGCCCAGCUGGCUAAAGUUCAAGAAAAUACUAUUGCUUCUUUAAGAAAUGCUGCUACUCAUGGUGCGGCUUUUGUAGAGUUUGAUGUCCAUCUUUCAAAAGACUUUGUGCCUGUAGUGUAUCAUGAUCUUACCUGUUGUUUGACCAUGAAAAAGAAAAACUUUAUGCAUAAGCAGAAAUUUGAUGCUGAUCCAGUCGAAUUAUUUGAAAUUCCAGUAAAGGAACUAACAUUUGACCAGCUCCAGUUGUUAAAGCUUUCUCAUGUAACUGCACUAAAAUCUAAAGAUCGGAAAGAAUCUGUAGUUGAGGGAGAAAAUUCCCUUUCUGAAAACCAGCCAUUUCCUUCUCUUAAGAUGGUUUUAGAGUCUUUGCCAGAAGAUGUAGGGUUUAAUAUAGAAAUAAAGUGGAUCUGCCAACAAAGGGAUGGAAUGUGGGAUGGUAACUUAUCAACAUAUUUUGACAUGAAUCUGUUUUUGGAUAUAAUUCUAAAAAAUGUUCUAGAAAACUCUGGGAAAAGGAGAAUUGUGUUUUCUUCAUUUGAUGCAGAUAUUUGUACAAUGGUUCGACAGAAGCAGAACAAAUAUCCCAUAUUGUUUUUGACUCAAGGAAAAUCUGAUAUUUACCCUGAACUUAUGGACCUCAGAUGUCGGACUACCCCUAUUGCAAUGAGCUUUGCACAGUUUGAAAAUCUUCUGGGGAUAAAUGCACAUACUGAAGACCUGCUCAGAAACCUGUCCUAUGUUCAGGAGGCAAAAGCUAAAGGCCUUGUCAUAUUCUGCUGGGGUGAUGAUACCAAUGAUCCUGAAAACAGAAGGAAAUUGAGAGAAUUUGGAGUUCAUGGUCUAAUUUAUGAUAGGAUAUAUGAUUGGAUGCCUGAACAGCCAAAUAUAUUCCAAGUGGAGCAAUUGGAGCGCCUGAAGCAAGAAUUACCAGAGCUUAAAAGCUGCUUGUGUCCCACUGUUAGCCGCUUUGCGCCCUCCUCCCUGUGCGGGGAUCCUGACAGCCACGUGGAUGCCAAUGGCCUCGAUAAUUUGGAGAGUACUUAAACCGUUCAGGGCACGCACUGCUGUUCUGGGUGUUCACUUUUCAUCACUGAGCAUUGUUUGUCUCUGCCUUUUGGGUUCUCAGUCCAAUGAAGCAAUAAUGAAGUAUUUUAUUCUUCACUACAGUUCUUGCAAGAAUUUCAUGUAUGCUAUUUAAAUCAUUUGGCCAGGUAUAAUUGCCAGUCAGUCUCUGUACAGUGAAAAAACUUACUGGUUGGUAAAUAUCUUUAAAUAUAUAAGCCCAUAAUGUUAAACCCACAUUAAAAGCAUAGAACUUUGAAGUUAACUAUAUAAACACAAUAUUUACACUUCUUAGCUUUUCAUUUGAUCAGGUCUCAAAUCUUUAGCCCUUAAGGAAAAUGACUAUGCGUAGUUAUACCUGACCAUGGAGAAAAUAAGUACCUCAAAUGCAUGCAUUUGCACUGGUGAUUCCAACUGCACAACCCUUCAUGCCAUCUGUGUAUAUAGGUGUUUUUUUCUUUUGUGAUUUUUUUUUCUAUUUUUUUUUUUUUUUUCACAUAAUUGACAUGCCCACAAACUGUUUUCAUUGUCUGAGCCUUGAGGCUGUUGCCAUUUUUUCACUUAACCAAACCAGCCUAGAGGUGCAUUUUGGAACUUGUUUCAUAAAUCUUUCAAGAGUUGUUUCACAUAAAUGUUAAAAUUUCAAAAUGCUGCAGGGUAAUUUAACAUACAAACUAUUAGCAAGAAGUAUGUAUUGUAUUAUUAGUAGAAUAGAGUACAGUGUAUAAAUCCAAUUUGACGCAUGCUUUAGGCUUUAAGCAUGAGAUUGUACACUCUACUGUGUAGUCCUUGUAUCUGGUGCUAGAUGAGCGUGAAAAGAUGGCAAGGACUAACAGUGUUUGAUUGCCUAAAACAGCCUGUUUAUAGGCAUUUAAAAUACGCUUACUUAGUGUGUCUCACUACCUAUUACACAUCGUCCCUUUGUGGGUUUGGUUUGUGUGUGUGUGUGUGUUGUACAGUAAAGUCUCCAUGCAAAAAAAAUAAAUGUUCUGAAUUCUCAUAUUGGUAUUCUUUAUUGGUUAAUAUAUAUCGUGCAUGUAAUUAGGAAUGUAGAAUAUCUUACUAAAUGUAUGUAUAUGCAUGGUUUUAAGAUUAUGCUAAGGUUUCAUAGAAGCAGAUUUUAUUGAUAUAACUAACUUAAGAAUGAAUGUUAAUCAGAUUUAUAUAUUUUAUUCAUGAUAAAAUGAAAUUUCAAGAAGGUGUUACUUUUGUAGAAUGAUUUUAUAAUGUUGUUAUGAAAAAUGGAACUUUAGUGCUGACCCGAAAGACUGCCUUACUUGUGUCUACCUUUUCCUCUGUAUUCUUCCUGAAGUAGUUCAUUUAUCCUCUGUUGUCAUGCUUUGGUAGUAGCUAAGAACCUAAGACUUGAAAUUACAUGUUGUAUCUCAUUUUUAAGCUAAGCAAUGCAAUUUGGGUCAGAUCUUAAUUUUGUGAAGAUAAGAGUCUGAAAUCCUAUAGUGUUUGUAACAUUGAUGUUUAGGGAAAAAUAGUUCGAGAAAUGAAGUCUUCUACAAGUUUUCUGUACUUUUCCCACAUCAAAUGAGAUGUUUAACAUUUUGAUACGAGAUGGGCACUUUUAGGAAACUGCAAGCGCUUAUUCUGCUGAGCCAUCUCCCCGGCCCGGAAACUGCAAAAGACUGUUCUUAACCUGCAGACACAGCACAUUCUCUAUGGUAACUUGAUGAACUGAACUGUGUGCAUUUCCAGUUUUGUUUCUCCCUGGUCCCCGCUUCCACUCCCAGCUCCAUUAUGAGGACUCUGAGGCAGAGGGCAAGCAGAUUGUAAGGGAAGUGAACAGACAGGGAGAGGAGGUGAGGUAGAGGGGUGCUUCCUGUUGAGCAGGACCUCCAGUAACUGCUUUGGCUGCUGACAGACCUCAGGUGCUUGCUUGCUUUCCUAUCUCUUCCUCGCUUAACACCAGUAUAGUGGAGGAUUUAAGCCAUUUAAGUGAAAGUAAGUCUGUGUGUGUGUGUCACUAGCUCCCUCCUAGACACCCACACUACCUUUUGUGCCUGUGGCCUGGAAGCCUUGGCUGCCCCACCCACUGUCCUUAGGAGCUACCUGUCUCCUCCAGCCCUAGGAGAAGUUCCUCAGAAGGGUAGCUCCGUCUUUCUACCCAUGAUAGCCUGACAUAUGCUGGACUUGCCAUUCCUCCCAGUACCACCCAGUUGGCCGUGUGGGGUGGCUGUCGCCUACCAGGCUGUGGCUCCUCUAUGGACUCAUUUCCAGUGUUUGGAGCAGAUUAGAGAAGAAAUGCUGGAAUCAUUGGGAUAAUAGAGUUUGUAGCAAAUGUCCUUCAGAAUUAAGAGACUUUGUUAUAUCUACUCUGAAUGUAAACUUGGAGCUGAUUCCCACUUUCAGGAUUGGGAUGGCUUGUUGGUGUCCGUUUUGAAUUGUACAGCUAUGAUAUUAUUUUACAUUUUGUAGAAAGAGUGAAACGUGGUAAAAUUCCACUAUUGUUUUGUGGUAUUUUCACUCUGGGAUCAUGUACUGUAGCUGCUGGACGUGCGCGUGAGCCCCACUGCUCACCCCUGUGUGGGUGCUGCCUGAGGGCCACCGCAGCUGGCUUCCUGCCACCUACUUACCUUAUGCCACGAUUCAUGUGACACCUGGCUCCACUCCCCUCCAAACUCCAUGCUUCUGCCUACCUCAUGUUGCUUUUCUUGUCUAAAAAGCCUUCUCUGACUUCUGUCUGUGUCCUGCUUGCUCAGUGCCACCUCCUCAGCAAAACUUGCCUCUGCUUUUCGAUUUGAAUUAUGACGGGAACCAUUGCAGAUGGCCUCUAAAUCACACCACUUCUCCAGCUGGAGUAAUAAAUUUGGAGCAGUCGUCCCACAUACUGAUCUGGACAUGACUUCUAGUCUGUCAUCUCAUAUUUGUAAACUCAGCUGCCUUUGCAGUCUUGCAGCUCUUGCUGGCAUGAGCUUUUUAACAACCUCUCUUCUGUAACAGAUUAUUUCUCUGAUAAGAUUGUGAGCCCAUAAGGGCAGGCUCCACUUUGCAUUCUAACACUGCUCUAAUGCUCUGUCCUUAGUUGUGGACCAGAUAAAUAAACUGGUGGCAACAAGCCUAGUUUCCUAACAUUGUUUCAGUGUUUUGUGCAGUGUGCUUGGCUGUGUUGUGGAGAGUUGUGUGCACGUGUGUGUGCCUUGUGUUCUCACCCAGGGUUCUCUCAGAACUUGGAGUCACAUUUGGUGAAUCCCUUUAACCAGUUUUCUGCUCCGUGAUGAAGAAAAUGACAGAAAUAAUGACUUAAGCCAUCACUCACUGUCAAGGUGAAGAUAAGGUCCAGCUUUGCCCCUGAGUUGGUUGCCCCUUUCUGGGGCAGUGCAAUAUUCAU